GUUAGCGUCUUUCUCCACCACCACCACCUCCCACCUCUCUAACGGCCGGCGAGGAGAUUAGGCCCCCCAGCCUUGUCAUCAUCGUCGGUCGGCCACCAUACUUCGCCCACACAAUGCCGAUGCCACCUACCCCACCACCUGCGGCCACCGCCCCAGGCGUCGGCAUCAGGGGGAAGAAUGACAUCAAGUUGUCGUCCCCCGCCGCCGGCGACAGUGACAAGGCUCUCGUCGCCAGACGAUCUUCCGGAAAACUCUCGAAGGCUUUCAACAAGGCGAUGCUCGGCAACGUCGUCGUCCGGGCCUUCUUCAAGACGAGACCGCGCCGCCCUCGGACGCCGGCCGAGGUAGUUUCUAGAACAACAUUGGUGUUGGACGCCCUCAAUUCAUUCGAGGACAACGAUGGGGGUAAACGUUUUCCAAAGAUGGGUGAAGUAGACACACUGAUUAGGGAGAUGAAGUCAAUUCUGUAUGGGAGCAGUGACUCUGAGCCAGCUGCUGAAGCUUGUGCCCAACUCACACAAGAGUUCUUCAAAGGCAACACCCUCCGUCUCAUUGUCCAUUGCCUUCCUAAACUCAACUUGGAGGCGAGAAAGGAUGCCACUCAAGUUGUAGCCAAUUUGCAAAGACAGCCUGUGAACUCACGGUUGAUUGCUUCAGACUACUUGGAAGCAAACCUGGAUAUUGUGGAUCAUUUGGUCUCUGGAUAUGAGGAUUCGGGUCUUGCAUUGCACUACGGUGCAAUGCUAAGGGAGUGCAUUCGCCACCAGGUCGUUGCGAGCCAUAUCUUGAAAUCUGGGCAAGUUCGCAACUUCUUUGGCUACAUGCAACUCCCUGAAUUCGAUGUCGCCGCAGAUGCCGCCACCACUUUUAAGGAGCUUCUGACCAGGCACAAAUCUACUGUGGCAGAGUUUCUCUCUGGAAACAAUAAUUGGGAGUCAAGCAAGCCCAUCCAGCUAGAUGCCUUUCACGUAUUCAAGCUUUUUGUGGCUAAUACAAAUAGACCUCCGGGCAUCACCAGCGUUCUUGCUAACAACAAAGAGAAACUUCUCCGACUCUUUGCAGGCUUGAGGAUGGACAAAGAUGAUGAACUUUUUGAGUCGGACAAAACUCAGAUCAUGAAAGAAAUCAGCGGACUUGAAUUGCCCCGACAAGCUGGAGAUGUUUAUAAGCUACCCAAAACGCCAAUGUGUUCUGGUGAACUGUCCAAAGUUUCUCCAUUGCCAACACCAACAGCCUAUUCCCAUGAAUGAUUUGUUGAAUCCUAUGAAACAUUAUUAAUGUAGAUAUAUGAAGCCAUAUAUGUGUCUAUUGUGUUUUUGAUACUUGCGUUUACCCUUGCCAUAUAUUGCUCGGGAGGUCGUGUAAUUUUUUUUCCUUUUGAAGGCGCGUCCCCGGAUUGCUUUUCCCAUAAAACUUUUCUAGUCUAGGGAAAAAAAGUGGGAUUUUUGGUGUUACUUUCCAAUUUUAUCCUUACGUUAUUGUUGAAUAGAAUAUGAUGUGAUGAAUAGAUUAAUAGUGAAUAAAUAUGAUGUGAUAUG